CUUCCUUCUUUUCUCUCCCUUCGUCUUAAGCUUACGAGUAUCGACGAGCAUAGCUUUCGCUGAUUUGAGAGACGCGUCUCUGUUUUUGUUUCAGAUUCCAUAUCCCGUCUUCUUCUUCGUCUCUCUCGACUCUGUUUCUUUUGUGGAUCAGUUAUGGGGGACGAGUGCUGCGCAACGCAACUGAUCGACGGUGAUGGCGAAUUUAAUAUCUCUGGACUUGAGAAUUUUGUGAAAACCGUAAAGGUCGCAGAAUGCGGCCUCUCGUAUGCUGUUGUCGCUAUCAUGGGACCUCAGAGCAGUGGGAAGAGCACCCUAUUAAACCAUCUUUUCCAUACGAAUUUCAGGGAGAUGGAUGCAUUCAGAGGAAGGAGUCAAACCACCAAGGGCAUUUGGAUGGCAAAGUGUGUUGGCAUUGAGCCUUGCACUAUUGCGAUGGAUUUGGAGGGUACUGAUGGGAGAGAAAGAGGCGAGGAUGAUACUGCCUUUGAGAAACAGAGUGCCCUAUUUGCUUUGGCGGUUUCAGACAUUGUACUAAUAAACAUGUGGUGCCAUGAUAUUGGUCGGGAACAGGCUGCCAACAAACCUCUUCUUAAGACAGUGUUUCAGGUCAUGAUGCGCCUAUUUAGCCCUCGCAAAACGACACUGCUAUUUGUUGUUCGUGACAAAACAAAGACUCCGCUUGAGCAUUUAGAGCCAAUUCUAAGGGAAGAUAUUCAGAAGAUAUGGAACAGUGUUUCUAAACCCCCAGCCCAUAAGGACACUCCUAUCAGUGAAUUUUUCAAUGUGGAGGUUACUGCUUUAUCCAGUUUCGAAGAGAAGGAAGAGCAGUUCAAAGAGCAGGUUGCACAAUUGCGGCAGCGAUUUUUCCAUUCUAUUGCUCCGGGAGGGCUUGCUGGAGACAGACGGGGUGUUGUCCCUGCUUCGGGAUUUGCCUUCAGUGCCCAGCAGAUAUGGAAAGUUAUAAGAGAGAAUAAAGAUCUUGACCUCCCUGCUCACAAGGUGAUGGUCGCUACCGUUCGAUGUGAAGAGAUUGCCAAUGAGAAGCUCAGUCACUUGACCUCAGAUGAGGGCUGGCUAGUGCUGGAGGAAGCUGUUCAAACUGGGCCGGUAUCAGGUUUUGGGAAAAAGCUCAGUUCACUUUUAGAGACUUAUCUUUCUGAAUAUGACAUGGAGGCUAUCUACUUUGAUGAAGGUGUAAGAAAUGCAAAGCGGGAACUGUUGCAGUCAAAGGCAUUGCAUUUUGUUUAUCCUGCUUACCAAAACAUGUUGGGGCAUCUGCGUUCUAAAUCUCUCAAUAAUUUCAAGAAUGGAUUGGAAAAGUCACUCUAUAAAGGAGAAGGAUUCUCUGCAUCUGUUUGUAUUUGCAUUCAGUCCUGCAUGCAUGAGUUUGAUGAUGGAUGUGCAGAUGCUGCUGUAAAGCAGGCUACAUGGGAUGCUUCAAAAAUUCGAGAAAAGCUUCGUCGAGAUGUUGAAGCACAUGUAGCAUCUGUCCGUACUGCAAAGUUGUCAGAAAUAGUAGCCAACUAUGAGAAACAACUUACAGAAGCACUUGCCCAACCUGUAGAAUCUUUAUUUGACACUGCUGGAAAUGACACCUGGGCAUCAAUAAGGAAACUUCUUAAUCGUGAGAGUGAAACCGCUGUAUCAGGGUUCUCAACUGCUAUUGCUGGUUUUGAGUUGGAUCAAGCAAUGUUUGAUAAAAUGGUGCAGAACAUACGGGACUUUGCAAGAGGUGUGGUGGAUAAGAAAGCAAGAGAAGAAGCUGGGAAAGUUCUAAUUCGUAUGAAGGAUAGGUUUUCAACAAUCUUCAGUCAUGACAAUGAUUCGAUGCCUAGGGUUUGGACCGGGAAGGAAGAUAUUAAAGCAAUAACAAAAGCUGCUCGUGCUGCGUCUCUGAAGCUUUUAUCUGUAAUGGCUGUCAUUCGCUUGGAUGAAAAACCAGACAAGAUUGAGGCUACACUUUUUUCAUCUCUUAUGGAUGGAACAGUAGCUGUUUCUGCUUCCCAGGAGAGGGGAAUAGGAACCUCUACAGAUCCUCUAGCUUCAAGCACAUGGGAGGAGGUUCCUCCAAAUAGUACACUAGUUACACCAGUGCAAUGUAAGUCUGUGUGGAGACAGUUCAAAAUUGAAACAGAGUAUACUGUCACUCAAGCCAUGUCUGCACAGGAAGCUCACAAGCAGAGUAACAACUGGUUACCUCCACCAUGGGCAAUUCUUGCAAUGAUUGUUCUUGGAUUUAAUGAAUUUAUGGUUCUUUUAAAGAAUCCUCUCUAUCUCUUGGCAUUAUUUAUUAUUUAUUUAUUGUCCAAAGCCCUAUGGGUACAGCUUGAUGUUACAGGGGCAUUCCGCAAUGGCACACUUGCAGGGCUUAUUUCUAUUUCAUCAAAAUUUCUUCCCACCAUGAUGAACCUUAUGAGGAAACUAGCCGAAGAAGCCCAAGGUGGUCCAACUCCUGAACCACCCAGAUCAGCCCCAUCUGUAACUGACCACAGUUUCCAAAAUCAGACACAGAGAACAAAUUCUGUAACAGAUUCAGUUCCAGAUUCAUCUGAAUCAUCUAAUGUCGUGACAACUGAAAGCAGUGUUGGGUAUUCAAGUCCACUGACACAUAGACGAUCUACAAACACUGAAGAGCCAGAGCAUAUUUGAUCAAGACCAUUGAUUGACUAUGUGUAUAAUGUGUAGUUUGGAAAGAAAACAUGACCUCCAGUUUGAUGGGGGCUCUGUGCUUGGCAGAUACAUGAGGAAUGUAUUGCCAAAGGUAGGGCUGAUAGAUAU